GAAUGAGAGUUGCAAUGACGACCUUCGUGGAUGUUAAGCGAGCUCAUAUAUCAAGGGUUGUUUACUGGAGCCGGCCUUCCAUUUAUUGUACGCGAAGUCGAAGCGAAAUUGGCUUCUUUGUCGUCUCCCCUACACUGCCCUUGCGGCCAUGUGGUCACAAUCCCACUUAUAACGUUAUUCUCUGCUUCUUCCUCCCCUCCCUUCCGCCUGGUUCUUUUUCAUCGUCCUUGUCGUUGAAGGCGUACAAUCUAGUAAUCUAACAAAAGCCUGAUGUCCGCAACCGAUAUUGAAGACCAGUUGUUCGUCACCAGAGCCCGCGUCAGGGAGGAAAAAGUCAUCACCGAUGAAAAGGAAAACCCUCAUGCAGGAGGCAUCGAAACGGCAGAAUGGGGCGACGUCUUACAUCAUCGGCCUGAAGUCACGCCGGAGGGUGAAUUGUGGGCCUUGCCCACCGAGGAUGAAAAGUCGGGUCCCAAUAGGCUUGGGAGAGUAGCUGAUAAGUUACCUUGGACCGCCUACACCAUUGGUAUAGUGGAGAUGGCGGAACGGUUUUCCUACUAUGGCACUACGGCAGUCUACACCAACUUCAUUCAGCGGCCUCUCCCACGCGGCUCACGCACCGGUGCAGGCGGACAUGACCACGUUUCAGGAGCCCUUGGGCGGGGCAUCCAAGCCGCAACAGGUCUAACCACCUUCAACCAAUUCUGGGUCUAUGUUGUUCCUUUGUUCGGUGCUUACAUCGCGGAUACAAAAUUGGGACGUUAUAAAACUAUUUGCUGGGCUGUGAUCAUUGCGAUGAUUGGGCACGUUUUGCUGAUCGUGAGCAGUGUUCCGGGUGUUAUUGAGCAUUCUAGUGGGGCGUUGGCCUGUUUUACGCUUGCGUUGAUUGUUAUGGGAACGGGAACCGGUGGAUUCAAGGCCAAUAUUUCGCCUCUUGUCGCUGAGCAGUAUCAAGUGUCUGCCAUGCGUGUCAAAUCUCUCUCUGAUGGCACCCGAGUCAUCGUCGAUCCCGCUGUGACGACGGCACGCAUCUACCUCUACUUUUAUCUUCUCAUCAAUGUCGGGGCUCUCGUCGGUCAGCUAGGGAUGACCUACUCCGAGAAAUACGUCGGUUUCUGGUUGGCCUACACACUUCCAACCGUCUUCUUCUUCAUUUGCCCCAUCAUAUUGUUCCUCGGCAGACAUAAGUACAAACAAAGUCCCCCUCAAGGCUCGAUCGUCGUCGAGGCUUUACGGGUUUGGAGGACUGCAAUGAAAGGUACGGUUGUCUGGACGGACCCAGUUCGGACUUGGAGAAAUUGGACCCAUCCUGGUUUUUGGGAGAAGGCUAAGCCUAGCAGGAUUCUGGAGUCUCAGCCUGAGGGCGGACGACCUUCUUGGCUAACAUAUGACGAUAUCUUCGUGGAUGAAGUCAGGAGAGGACUCAAGGCUUGUCAAGUCUUCUUGUUCUUCCCUUGCUACUGGAUAUGCUAUAACCCUCUCAACACUACGCUCACAUCGCAAGCGGCAACGAUGACAACGAACGGAGUUCCCAACGACGUCAUCAACAACUUGGACCCACUCGCUCUGAUCAUUUUCAUCCCCAUCUGUGACUAUGUCAUUUAUCCAUGGCUUGCACGGAUGGGGAUUCGAUUUACACCGAUAAAGAGAAUCUUCUUGGGAUUUAUGACCGGCGUAGCAGCAAUGGUCUGGGCGGCCGUCGUUCAAUAUUACAUUUAUCAGACUUCACCUUGUGGCUAUCAAGCAAAUUCCUGCGAUACUCCUUCCCACUUAAGCGUCUGGAUCCAGUCUGGCUCGUAUAUCCUCAUCGCCUUCAGCGAAAUCUUCGCUUCCAUCACCGGACUCGAAUACGCCUUUACGAAGGCACCGAAAAACAUGAGAUCGGUUGUGAUGAGUGUCUUUCUGUUCACGACUGCGAUUUCGAGCGCAAUCACGGAGGCAUUGAACCCGUUGUCCGCGGAUCCUCAUUUGAUUUGGAAUUAUGGGAGUGCGGCCAUCAUUGGGUUCGUGAGUGGCAUUGCGUUUUGGAUUUGCUUCAGCCAUUUGGAUAAGCAGGAGGAUGAAUUGAACGAGAUUACUGCUAUGACGGGGACGGGAUUGAAGACGGUUGACGAGAGGGAUAGUAUUUGA